AUUUCUCGUUGGUGAUAUGGUGUGGUGGCCGCUGGCUAAAGCUUAAGAGCAUUCGGAAUUUCUCUGCCACCAGCUGGGGGGAUUGAUCAAAUGCUUUUUGAUUUGUUUAGCUAACGGAUCGUUUAGUUGUUCGUCAAAGCUUCGACUAAUUAGAACGCUGCAUAUUUACGCUGCUGCUUUCAAUGCAUUUGAAUAUUGAAACAACAACAAGAAAAAACAAACAAAUCCGUGCUCACCUCGCCACCCCCCACCACUCCUCAACGUAAUAGCCGUAAUAGCAUACAUAUAUUUAAUAUGUUUUUGCAUCGGGUGCGAGUGUGUGUGUGUUCGUAUGUGUGCGCGCUUUUUGAAUGAAAAAAUUAAUAUCAAUUAAAAGUUUGAAUGAAUACAACAACAACAACAACAUCAGCAAUAACGAGAUUAAUUAAAAUUAGUGCUAAAGUUAUUAAGACAACACAAAAUCCGGAAAUAACAAGGCAUAAAACCUCAGCCAUGUUUGAGUGAAACGCAAGUCUCAUUACCUUGAUCCGUUUCUUUUUUUUGCAUUUGAACGCCGCCUCCUUUUUUUGUCAAUCAAACACAAAAAAUAUAAAUUAUCGUUCUCACUUACAGACAUACGACAUCGUUCCGAAUGUGCGUUCUUCAUAAAAUAUUUUCAAUGUCAAGUUCAUAGAAAAUUUGUUGUUAUUAUUAUUUAUUCUGUGUGCAAAACAAUAAAAACAAAACGCAAACGCCAGUCUGCCUGCCUGCAAAGUAAACAGAACGCAAAGCAGCCCGCUUCUAAGGUAUUUUGCAUUUGCUGGUAAACGCGCUAAAUCUGCCCGACCAUCAUGGUCUACGAGACGUCAUAUGAGAGCGGGCGCCAGCCCUUUGUGCCCGACACUCAACGCGGCAAUUGGCUGCAUCCGAAUGAUUUUAUUUAUGCCGGCCUGAGUUUGGCAUUUCGCAUUGAUAUCUUCUCGAUGUCAUGGUAUUUGACAAUGGAAUCGGGAGUUGUCUCCUUCCUGCCCGUCUAUCUUAUCAGCUUGGCUGUCUAUAUAAUACCAUUUAUUGUUAUACAAUCGUUUAUGGGUCAGUUUUCCAGCAGUGGGUUUAUAUCAUCGUUUCGUUUGGCGCCAUUAUUUAAAGGUAUUGGUUAUGUUACCCUGGCCAUGAAUAUCUGUGUGCUGACCUACUAUAGCAUAUUUGCCAUGGUGCCACUGCUGUAUUUCUUUGCCUCAAUGAAUCCCACCUUGCCAUGGAGUUGUGAAGGAUUUAAAACAUGGGCCCAGAACCUAACCGAGGAUCAGGAAAUCAAUUUGUGUAAUAUGAAAUUUGGUAAUCUCACCGAAUUUAUUGAGGGCAGUGGAUCUGGGGAGGGGACAAAUGAAACUUCUUCAUACCAUGAUAAUUAUGUUAAUCAUCAUAUACCCUCCGUUUUGUAUUUCCAUUCCCUAUUCCACGACCUGAAUCUGUUCGACUACAAUGAUGUGGAUUACUCAAUGUCGUGGCAGUUGAUUCUAUGUGCCCUGUUUGUUUGGGCCAUUGUUGCAGUUAUAGUCUACAGAUUUUUCAAAACCGAAACGUUCGGUGUCAUUGUUCGCUAUUGCGUUUGGACUUUACUCGGAAUUUUGGUGUUUCUUUUGAUACGUUUCAGUUUUUUGCCCGGAGCUGAGAAAGUGUAUCGUCAUCUCUUCAUACCGACAUGGAGGGAUAUUGGUGCUGGUAUUGCUGCCAUACCGAUAUAUGGUAUAUCGGGUUUUGGUCCCGGUUGGGGUCUAUUCAUAACCCUGUCAAGUUAUAAUAAAUUCAAAACGAACAUUGUCAAGUACAGUUGGAUAAUUGGACUGGGGCAAUUUUUCCUCAUCUUGGGCAUAGAUAUGUUGCAGAACUUUACCGAGGUCUAUUUGAGAGUUAAAACGGAAAACAACUACUAUUCGGAAGUGGAGAAUAUUUGGACCCUGUAUCUUUCCAGUGGCAGUGUAAUGGCCGAUAUGCCUUGGCCCAAUUUCUGGUCGAUGCUGUUGUAUUUCAUGUUGUUCCUUAGUGGCAUGUUAUUAAUUCUAAUUCAAUUGAAUUCAAUUUUAACCACAAUAUUUGAUGAAUUCGUCAAACUUCGCGAAAAGAAAUUGGAAGUUUCAAUGGCCUUAGUUGGUCUGAUGACAGCGGUUUCUUUAUAUUUUACAUCGAAUCACGGUGUUACCUAUUUCACGGCCCUGGCAGUUGAUACUUAUACCACUCAUACGGCCAUUAAUUUACUAUUAAUUUUGGUCGUCCUCUGGAUAUAUGGCCGGGUUCGUUUCCAACGUGAUUUUGAAUUUAUGACCAAUCAUCGUUUCUCCACCUGGAAUAUCAAUAUUUUGAGAUUCGUGGCACCAAUGGGUAUGCUGUUGGCAUUGUUACUCGGCAUUAUUGUGGCCUUCUACGAGCAUAUGCUGUCAAAUGUCAUUAUUGCUAUUUUGGGUUUCAUUUUUAUGCUCCUGCCAUGGCUAUUCAUACCCGGUUAUGCCGCCCAUUCAAUGCUACAGAGCAUGGGAUCAUUUAAGACACGGUUUCAACGAUGUUGUCGUCCCACCGAUUGGUAUCCCACACAGCCCGAAGAUCGCCAGCGUUAUGAGGAAGCAAUGGGUAAUAUGGAGAUUACACACCAGCUGAAUGAGGUGACCGACGAUGUGUUGUAAUCCAACGUAAAGUGUGGUGUGCGUGUGAAGGUACAAAGCAUAUAUUUCAAUAUUGUGAUAGAUGGAACCAUUGAAUCGAAUAACUUCAAAUGUAAAUAUUCUUUGCUUUACCCCCCGUAGAUAAAUAGUUAAAUAAAAAUGAGAUU